GUCGUUGCAGUGGUGGGAUUGAUGCCGCUCGUCAAGUGCCGCUUCUGCCACAAGGAACGGCGCGUGAGCCUUGGCGCGCACCUCCUUUCGUCCGAAGCCAAUGAGCUCCAUGUCCUGUGCCAGCCAUCCUGCUUCAAGAUGCUGCACAGCCGUGGCACGUUCACCGACUUGAAUCAAAAGGACGUGCUUGUGCCGUCAAGUGAUAUCUUUCGCGACAUGGACUUGCAGCUCCAAGUUGCUGCCAACCCUGGCUUGGGCGUCAAACACCGAGAAGAGAACGCUGCGAUGCGGCGUGACGUUGGACAGACUCCACCCGUGCCAAUGACCAUCCACAAACCCAGUGUUCCCACCAUCAGCGGCUGCAAUGAUGGCGAACCGCACCCAACAUCUAUGAAUGGUCGAGCGGCGCCAUCGACAAUUGUAUCCCCUGGCGCAAAUCUUCGCGCUCACCACCACGAUGUAUCAAAUCCCGUGCCAUCCGACUCGGCCGCUCCGCGGCAUGCUGCUUCCGACAUGAACGUGCACGCCUACCCCACGCCAUCCUUGUUGAUUCCACCGCCUCGCCAUUCAAGUCACACCAACACAUCACUUCCUUCGACGCCUCCAACCAUGGACAUGAGCGCUCUGUACAUGCCUCCGCUCCGCUACACGUCGUCCCUUCGAUCUCAACCCCGGGCUGAGAAUACGGCAAAGUCAACCCACCCUGGUCCCACUGCGUCGUCCCAAUCAUCUUACGACCCUGCGUGUGGCCAGCCGCCGUCUACCGAGCCAUCGACCUCCCAUCCUCGGUGGACGCGGCGCGACUUACUUGGUGCCCUUCACCGAUUCCAUGACGGUCGUCGUGACGACCUGGAUGCUCGCAACAACGUCAUCCGCCUCGACGUCACCGCUGCGAUGAAGGACCGAUCGCUCAUGUCUGAAAGCGAGGUUGCCACUGUGAUGGGGUGCUUGGAGCGCGUGGAAUUGCUGGUGGUGCUGCAGGGGCUCGCGUCGACGUUAACUACCUCCUACUGGACUCUAUCGUUUCUCUUUGCAGCGCUGCCACCGCACCUUCUCGUGCACUGCGACCACUACCGCGCCGACCGGAACGGAAACAUGACGUACGUGUCGUCUGUUAUGGUCCCGCUCAGCACCGUGCGACCAUUCUUCCUCCACGGAUCGCCUGUGCAAUUGCCGCAUCCUGACGGCGCCGUCGUUGUCGGGAGUCUUGACGACGGGUUAACGUUACAAGGGAUCGAGCUCGCGUUUCACGCGCCUCGGGUCCAUGCAAACUUGACGACCGCGUUUGGUUGGAAUCUCUUUGCAGGCGGGCCGCACUGUUGGAUGCAGUACAUGCCAUCGCAGUACCGGGACCCUCGCCGGUUCGAGCCAAAAAUUCACUUUGGCCGACCGACGGGGCAGCGGUCGGAGCUCCUUUACUCGGGCAAUGGCUCCACCGACACGGCAUAUCAGGUGGUGUUGGGCGAAAUGGAACUGGUCGUGUUCGACCCGAUGUCGUCCGAGCUGUGCAAUAGCGUCGUCGACAUCCUCAAGCGCAUGGGGUACCAUCCCAACACCCGCGCGGAUCUCUCGGACAAGUUUCUGCACAAUCUCAACAAAUUCGGCUUCAACGCAUCUGUCGUGCGGCUCGUGGCCGGGGAACUCGUCCACGUCCACAAGGGACGGCUGCACAUGUGGCGAAGCGUUGGAAGCGCCGACGUGUACUCGAUGCUUGUGUUCAUUAGCUGGGAGUGGGUGUUCCAGGGAGUAACGCCGGAGGGACUCCAGGCCUCGGCCAAGUCUGCGGUGAACACGGCAGUCGCCCACUACGCCCGGCAGCCCCCGCCAUCGCUGUCCCCGAUGCCGUUCCAGUUUGUUUUUAACCCGCGGAAUUGCAUCCUCGAAGCGGCUCGCCAGUGGCUAGCCCUCUCGACGCUCGAGACGACGUCGUUUGGGCCGAUCGUGUCGAAAAUUCGAGCGAUUCUGCCCGUCGUCGAGCUCUUUGUCGACGAAGAACAAGCCAUCCACCGCCAAGGCGACGAUUCGUGGUUCCUCGGCGCCCACCGACGGAUUCCCAACGCCGUCGACCGAGUCUUGCCGCCGCACAUGGCCGUCUGCCGAAUGUGCUCGUACGUGGCGCUGACUCCAGUGACUGGCUCGCUCCCUCACGGUCUCCAUCAGGAAUGAGCUGUCCAACACGUACAAGCAGUGCCUCGGGUGCACCGUGUUUGAGAUUUCGCCGCCGUUUGUCAUUUGCAUCGACUGCUUUCGCAUGGAGUCGCAAUUCGAGCCCAAGACGGGCAUCCGAUCCAGCGCCGGCCACACGGGCAGCCUGCCGCAGUCGCAAGCGUUCAAAGAACGAUCUGGCGGCGACUUUCCAUCGUGCACAUGCUCGGAUCGCGUCCAGUGCGGGCUAUGCGACGGAUGCGACCAGUGUUCAUGUUUGUGCCACACCAUGUUUGCCACUCGCCACCGCCUCCACCGCCCAGAUGACCUCAUGGACUUGCAUCACCUCCUCGUCGCCCGAACAACCAAGGACUCGCGGCGGCUCUAACGAAGCCUCCGAUAACUCGAAUCUCGGUCCCGAUCGCGUCGGCGGGAAUGGUUUGAAAUCGCGCUCGUGGGCGUCUCGAUGGUGUGUGCGAAUUAGAAGAUUGGAACGACAGGGCAGAGGUCACAAUGGAGUUCGGUCAAGAGCAGCA